UGAAGGCCUCAUAAACUGGCCAACUUCCUGCCACAACUCCCAAACUGCCAGCCUCACGAGAGUGGGCAAGGGAGAGAAGUGGCCACAAUAAUCUGGUAGAGGACACUGUCAAAACUCUAGAGGCCUUGUACCACGGAACUAGGAGCCAUGGAGACGGCUAUGUGUGUGUGUUCUCCCUGCUGUACCUGGCAGAGAUGCUGCCCCCGGCUGUUCUCCUGCCUGUGCUGCAAGUUCAUCUUCACCUCCGAGCGGAACUGCACCUGCUUCCCCUGCCCCUACAAGGAUGAGCGGAACUGCCAGUUCUGCCACUGCACCUGCGCAGAGAACCCCAAUUGCCACUGGUGCUGCUGCUCCUGGGCCAAUGACCCCAACUGUAAGUGCUGCUGCACGGCCAGCACCAAUCUGAAGUGCUACUACUACGAGAGCCACUGCUGCCGCAAUGUUACCAUCACAUUCAGAAAGGGUCGCCUUCGAAGCAUCCGCACCUCCUCUAAGACCGCCCUCCGCGUGGGGAGCAGCGAUACUCAGAUGGAUGAACCCAAGACCAUGCCCGCCAGCAGCCACCUGGUGAGCCACCUCACCUGCCCCAUGUGCAACCGGCUGCGCCUGCACUCCUUCAUGCUGCCCUGCAACCACAGCCUAUGCGAGAAGUGCCUGCGGCAGCUGCAAAAACACGCCGAGGUCACGGAGAAUUUCUUCAUCCUCAUCUGCCCCAUGUGCAGCCGCUCGCACUGUAUGCCCUACAGCCACCAGAUGCACCUGCCAGAAAACUACCUGCGCGGGCGCCUCACUAAACGCUACAUGCAGCAGCAUGGCUACCUCAAGUGGCGCUUCGACCGCUCCUCGGGGCCUAUCCUCUGCCAGGUGUGCCGCACCCGGCGCAUUGCCUACAAACGCUGUGUCACCUGUCGCCUCAACCUGUGCAACGACUGUCUCAAGGCCUUCCACUCAGACGUGGCCAUGCAGGACCACAUCUUCGUGGACACCAGCGCCGAGGACCAGGACGAGAAGAUUUGCAUCCACCAUCCAUCCAGCCGCAUCAACGAGUACUGCCGCAGCGACAACCAGCUACUCUGCGCUUUCUGCAAGAUCGCUUUCCACAAUGGCCAUGACACGGUCAGCCUCAUAGAUGCCUGCUCCGAGAGGUCUGCUGCCCUCUUCAGCGCCAUCGCCAAGUUCAAAGCAGUCCGAUAUGAAAUUGAUAAUGACCUGAUGGAAUUCAACAUUCUAAAGAGCAGCUUUAAAGCUGACAAGGAAGCAAAGAGGAAGGAGGUCCGGAAUGGAUUCCUCAAACUGCGAGCCAUCCUUCAAGAGAAAGAGAAGAUCAUCAUGGAACAGAUAGAGAAUCUGGAAGUGUCCAGGCAGAAAGAAAUUGAGAAAUAUGUGUACAUUACGACCAUGAAAGUGAACGAAAUGGAUGGCCUGAUUGCUUACUCCAAAGAAGCCCUGAAGGAAACAGGACAGGUGGCCUUCCUGCAGUCUGCCAAGAUCCUGGUGGACCAGAUUGAGGAGGGCAUCCAGAAUACCUUCAGGCCCGACCCUCAGCUGCGGCUUCACUCCCUCCACUGUAUCCCCUUGGAUUUUGCCGAACUCUCCAAUGCCAUCCACGAGCUCUUUCCCACAGGACCCAAAAAGGCUUGCUCCUCAGGGGACUCACUCCCUUCCCAGUAUCCUAUCCACUCGGAAAUGAUGAUCGCCAGGAAGGUGACAUUCAGCACCCACAGCUUCGGCAACCAGCAGAUAUACCAGCGGAGCUCUUCCUUGAUGUCCUUCAACACCGCCAAUGACAAGGGCAAGAUGGGUCUGGAGAACUAUGGGAGAGCCCAGUCUGCCGCGCCCGCCAAGACGACUGAUGGCCUUUACACCUACUGGAGUGCCACGGGGGAAACCCAGCCUCCGCAGAGCAGUAACAGCUUCCACAACUGGUAUUCCUUCAACGACACCUCUGUGAGGACCCCAGGCCCAAUUGUCAUCUACCAGACACUGGUGUACCCAAGAGCUGCCAAGGUUUACUGGACAUGCCCAACAGAAGACGUGGACUCCUUUGAGAUGGAAUUCUAUGAGCUCGUUACCACCCCUCCUAAUAAUGUGCGCACAGAGCUCUGUGGACAAAUUCGAGACAUCCUGCAGCAGAACCUGGAGCUACACAAUCUAACCCCCAACACUGAGUAUUUGUUCAAGGUUAGAGCCAUCAAUGAUAAUGGUCCUGGGCAGUGGAGUGACAUCUGCAAGGUGGUAACACCAGAUGGGCGUGGGAAGAACCGAGCUAAGUGGGGACUCCUGAAGAACAUCCAGUCUGCCCUCCAGAAGCGCUUCUGAGCCUUGGAACCCCCCUCAGAACUCUACUGCUCAUAGAGAUAUCUAUAUGUGUAUGUAUGUAUUUUUCUCACCACAUUCCUCGAGGAGGUUGUAGGGUAGAUGGAUGUUUCCAGUACCUCUGGGUUUUCCAAAAGAAGUUUCCUAAAAGCCAAUAAAAGGAAAUGUCUGACAUCAUAA